AUGAACUUAGAUGUUAUUACUUUAUCACAAGAUAUACCAACUAGAUGGAAUUCUACUUUUUAUAUGUUCGAAAAGUUAUUGAGGGUUAAAGUUGCACUAUGUGCAGCUUUGCCUUUAAUAGAUCCUCCUCCACCAAACCUGAGUUUUGCUGAGUGGGCUAUUUUAGAAGAUUGUGUGAAAAUUCUACAGCCACUGGAAAUUGUAACCAAAACAUUGUCAGGUGAAUUUUAUCCCACCUUAUCCAGUGUAAUACCUAUAAUUCAAGGGGUAAAAAAUUCUAUAAAUAAAAGAACGCCAACAACUAAUGCUGGGAAGAAUUUGCAACAAAUCUUGUUGAGAAAUAUAAGUCAAAGAUUUGGUUAUUUAGAAAAUGAUGAAAUUACAGCAAAAGCAACAAUUCUUGACCCCAGAUAUAAGAAAAAAGCAUUUGGAUUAGAGAGUUGUGCGGAUAAAGCAAUGGCUUUGGUUUUAAAUGAAGUAAAAGAAAUGACUACGGCAGAACAUAUUGAAGAGGCCGAAAAUAAUGAACCAUUAUCAGUACCGUCAAACCAUAAUAUAGAUGAUGAAAUCUGGGAAAAUUUUGAUAUGCGUGUGGUUCAGACAAUAGAACAAACUUCAAUCUCUCUUCCAGAAAGAUUAUUGCAAGAAUAUAUAAAUUUGCCAUAUUUGAAUAGAAAGCAAGAUCCUGUUCAGUUUUGGGAGGAAAGAAAAAACAUAUAUCCUGCUUUAUAUAAAAUGGCGAAAAAAUAUUUAUGUAUACCGGCAACAUCCGUUCCGUCAGAGCGCUUAUUUUCCAAGGCUGGCAUGUUGACUAAUCAACGACGGAAUAGGUUACAACCAAAUAAAUUAAAUCAACUAUUAUUCCUUAAUUCUUAUUAUUCAGAAAAAUAUUUGUAG